GGUGACGGAGCUGCUCCCCCCGUUCCAGAGACUCAUCCAGCCGGAGGAGAUGUGGCUCUACCGGAACCCCUACGUGGAGGCGGAGUAUUUCCCCACCAAGCCGAUGUUUGUGCGUGGAGAAAGAUCGUCCCUCUUCCCUCCCCGUAACCGGGCUUCCCGCGGGCACCUGUGCUUUUUCCUCCGUGGAGACGGCCUCUGUAGGGACCCACUACCCACUCCGCUGCUAUGCGCUGGGUUCCGCCUCCUAGGGCUCUAGUGUUUAAGAUCCUGAUUGAGAGAGGAGGAUGUCCGAGCCUCUUUCGGCUGAUACAACGUUUUCCCGGGUGCUCUGUGCCUCAGCCUGAGGUACCGGGGCCCGAGCCGCACAGUUGCUGCUGUUCGCUGGUGGCGCCGCCUGGCUCCCGGUUAUGCGCUUUCAGACACCUUAUGUUAGCGCUAGUUAUUGCAUUUCUCUCUCCACUGUCUCUGAUCUUCCUGGCCAAAUUUCUCAAGAAGGCAGACACAAGAGACAGCAGACAAGCCUGCCUGGCUGCCAGCCUUGCCCUGGCUCUGAAUGGCGUCUUUACCAACACAAUAAAGCUGAUCGUAGGGAGGCCACGCCCAGAUUUCUUCUACCGCUGCUUCCCUGAUGGGCUAGCCCAUUCUGACUUGAUGUGUACAGGGGAUAAGGACGUGGUGAAUGAGGGCCGAAAGAGCUUCCCCAGCGGACAUUCUUCCUUUGCAUUUGCUGGUCUGGCCUUUGCUUCCUUCUACCUGGCAGGGAAGUUACACUGCUUCACACCACAAGGCCGUGGGAAAUCUUGGAGGUUCUGUGCCUUUCUGUCACCUCUACUUUUUGCAGCUGUGAUUGCACUGUCCCGCACAUGUGACUACAAGCAUCACUGGCAAGAUGUACUAGUUGGAUCCAUGAUUGGAAUUACAUUUGCCUAUGUCUGCUAUCGGCAGUAUUAUCCUCCUUUGACAGAUGCAGAAUGCCAUAAACCAUUUCAAGACAAACUUGCACUUCCAACUGCACAGAAGAAGCCUGGGGAUUCUUAUUGUUUUGAUAUUUAAAAAUUGAAUCUGGCUGGGCAUGGUGGCUCAUGCCUGUAAUCACAACACUUUGGGAGGCCGAGGAGGGUGGAUCACCUGAGGUCAGGAGUUCGGGACCAGCAUGGCCAACGUGAUGAAACCCCGUCUCUACUAAAAAUACAAAAAUUAGCCGGGAGUGGUGAUGUGCCUGUAAUUCCAGCUACUCGGGAGGCUGAGGUAGGAGAAUUGCUUGAACCUGGAGGCGGAGGUUCCAGUGAGCCAAGAUCGUGCCACUGCACUCCAGCCUAGGCAACAGAGCGAGACCCUCCUCAAAAAAAAAAAAAAAAAAUUGAAUCUACCUUAAUGGAAAAUAGGUGAACUAGCCCUCCUAACUGGACCAUGCACAAGACAAGAAAUUCUGGCCUUUUUUUCCUCUUCCAAGGUGCAAGUGAGGACAUAAGCUACACUGUAUUCUGCCUCCAAAUGAUUACACACUUUUGUCCCUGCUCACACAGAUCUAUCUUGAGGAGUUACGGUUCUUUUCUACUACUGUAUGCCAUACAUUCUAGUAAAAGGAUCUUUCAAAGGUGUCCAACACCUUAUAAAUCUGGUCUAUCAGAUUGAUAUCCGAAGAUCUACAGUGUUUUUACAUUUAAUUUUUUUUUUUUUUUUUUGAGACGGAGUCUCGCUCUGCCGCCCAGGCUGGAGUGCAGUGGCCGGAUCUCAGCUCACUGCAAGCUCCGCCUCCCAGGUUCAUGCCAUUCUCCUGCCUCAGCCUCCCCAGUAGCUGGGACUACAGGCGCCCGCCACCUCGCCCGGCUAGUUUUUUGUAUUUCUUAGUAGAGACGGGGUUUCACCGUGUCAGCCAGGAUGGUCUCGAUCUCCUGACCUCGUGAUCCGCCUGCCUCGGCCUCCCAAAGUGCUGGGAUUACAGGCUUGAGCCACCGCGCCUGGCCUUUACAUUUAAUUUAAACGCCAUUCUUAGAAAGAUCUUGUCACAAAGAAGCCUUUACAUAGCCCCAUCUUAUCUCAGAAGCUAAUUAUCAAAACUUAAUUUCCAUUUCGUAUAGCUCAAGAUCUUAAAAUCUAGGACAUGGCCAACUAAAUUACUUUGAUUCUGUUUACCUUCUCUGAUGACAAUUCCAUCAAGCCUUAAAUAGGAAAAUGUUGAAUCUGGGGUAAUUUAUCACUUUUGUGCACAUCUUAUCUGAGUCCAGCCAUCUGGUACUGCUGUACAUUUUGAACACCGUGGGUAUAAACAAUUUGUUGAAUUACUAAGUGAACACAAUAAUAAAGAAGAAAAUGGUCAGGAGUGUGGUUUCAGCACUACUAACAGAUGACUAUUUCUACCUCAUUUGACCAUAACUGUGCUCGCGAGCUUCCUUCCUUCCAUUCAUGACUGAAGAUCUGCUCAAAUGCACCAACACUGCCAAGUGACUAAGGCAGAAAAGAAAAAUGACAGGUAUCAUCAUCUGAAGGACAGAUAAAUCUUUUUCUGCCUCUUCUUCACAAUGGGAUAUAAGGAACAAUUACAGGAUGUCAUCAGAACUGAUGCUGUAGGACCUACAGCUCCCUUUCUCUUUAUUGUGAUUGUACUUUAAAUAUGACCUUGUCUUUUAUGUGUAUCUUCCUAUAUUUUCAAUAUAUCUAUCUUUUUCCUUCAGUAAACCUGAUAUUCAAAUAAAA